CCAAUUCUUCCUAAAUCCUAUUCUUAACUCUCUACUCUCUAAUUCUCUUAUUCUCCAUUCUCCAAUAUAUUAUAUUUAUUAUUUAUAGUUUAUAUUAAUUAUCUACUUAUAUAAACUAUAAAUAGAUAUAAAUAGUAUUAUAUUACUUAUAUUUGUUAUCUAAUUAUAUAUUACUUAUAUAUUUAUUAUAUCUAUUAAUAUAGUUGGAAUUAUAUCUAAUUAAUUUGAAGUCAUUCUAUUACUCCCAUCCGAAAGACCGAAAGUCCGAAAGAGAUGGAUCGUCCUAGAUAUUCGGUUGAUAUGGGUAACCUCGAGCGCAACCGAACGAACGAGCUUGCGAGGAAGAGAUCCCGCAAAGGUAAAUCACAUCUCGGCUUUUCAUCUCAAAGUCAAGAUGAUUUUGAUACGGGUUACGUAAGGAGGGAUGGGGAUGCGAUGACCGACGAACAACUAGAACAAGAAUUGCACCGACAUAAUUCCCGCUUUUUUCAAGACCAACCGAGGACCAUUGACGAAGAAGAGCUCGAGGACGAGGACGACGAUGUGGAGGAAGCAAUUCCGGAGAGCCACGACGACGAGGAGGAGGAGGGUGGCGGCAGCCAUGACGCCGACCAAGCAGCCUCAUCCCAAACAGGUACAAAAAAAAGUAAAUCUGAAUUAAUGGCUAAUAAUUUUUCUAAGUGGAAGGACCCGAACACCGGGAAUUGGACCGCAACUUGCAAUUGGUGCAAGAAAAACUAUAGUUUGGGGAUUUCCGGCGGAUACGGAUCCGCCACAAGACACCUUAAGUCCAAACACCCGGUGGAGUAUGCAAAAUUAGGCGGCGGAACGGGGAAACAAACGCAAAUAUCGAGGUUUGCAAAUAACCAACAAGCUUUUGGUAAUUUCUCAUACAAUGAUGCACAAAAUUUGACAGGUAUGGCUAACUUACUUGUUGAAGAAAAUUUGCCUUAUUUGUUUUCUGAAAGUCUUGCUUUUCGUGAUUAUGCACAAACUUGUUUAAAUCCGCAAUAUAGAGGUUAUAGUCGCAAAACGGUUAAGAAAGAAAUUUCAAGAUUUUAUGGUGCGGAAAAGGUAAGGUUACAAAAUUAUUUUGCAAACUUUGAUGGACGUGUUACUGUAUGUUCUGACAUAUGGGAGGAUACUUAUCAUAAUUUACAUUAUUUGGGUCUGACUGUACAUUAUAUUGAUAAUGAUUGGCAUAUGCAUAAACGUGUUCUUGCUUUCCGUGAAUUUAAUGAUCGUCACACCGCUGAACAUA